UAGGGGUGGGUUUUGUUGUUUUGUUUUUUUUUUCUUCUUUCCUCCCUAUAUCACUCUCUCUCAAAGGUCAAACUAAUUCUGGGAGCUUCGGCAUAGGAGAGAGGGGCGUGUGUAGGCUUUUUGGUGCUUAGAAGAGCUGGACAGGCCAUUCUAGAUGGAAACUGAAGAGGGCAGCAGUGUUUCUGAAAGCUUUCUGAGACUCUAGGCUGAACUGUGUGCUAGCUUGUAACAGUGUUUAAAGAAAAAAAAUGAAUACUGCCCCUACUUCAGAAAGUGGAUCAUAUUCCACAAACCACACAAGACCCUUUUUUUAUGCACAGCCAACAGCACAACAGCCUUUUCCAAAUCCAUGGUACCUCAGUCAUGCAUACAGUCCGUACUGUGUACCUGCUCCAGGCUUCCGAAGUGGAAAUCCUUAUUUUCCGUUUUAUUCUGUUGCACUCCAUGAGUACCCUGGAUUUUUUGUUCCGCAGCAUCCAAUGCAUGCAAGAAUUAACAGAAGGCCUUAUUUUAACGCUCCCUCACCUUCCCCUAUGUUUUAUCAUGCAACAAGAUUUAGACACUAUAGUACCCCUGGGAAAAAAAUGGAGACAAAAGAAACACAGACUGAUCCUAGACAGCCUGAAAACAAGCAAAAAAAGCAUCAAGAUGUCCGUACAGAAACGAAAGGUUGUGAUGCAGGAAAUAUGGCCUGUGUUUCUUCUGGUAUAGGUACAGAGACUGAAAGUACUUCAGAGAAACAAGAUUCAUCUGGAUCUUCCAUUGUGGUAGACAGAGAGUUUCAUAACAAGAGCCCUUCCAGCUCUACACAGUAUAGAAAUCUUCCUACUGGAAGCUAUGCCUUUGAGAAGGAAGAAGUCAGGAUAGAAUAUGGAAAUGGCUCUCCAGCUAUUCAACUGUGGAAGUCCUUUAAAGAAACUAUCCCUUUGUAUGAUGUGGCAAGUGGUAAACCAGUCCCAGAGAAUAUAGUGCAGCGUGACUUAUUUUCUGUUAGCUCAUGUGAAGGAAUGAUAUAUGGCCCUCAUGAAGGGGAGAAAAUGGUGCCAGGAGCUUCCUUAGAUGAGAGAAAAGCUGUUCUUGCCUCAAAACAGGGUGUUGAAACUGUGCAAGAAAAAGAGGUCCAAAAUAAUGAAGUGAAGCUGGAUGCAGAAAAGCAGGCAAAUACAAGCCAAUGGGCAAAAUCCCCCCCAGGUAAAACCAUGGCAGUGCAAAUCACAGAGUUGGCAAGAUCUGUUAGCAUAGAUAAACCAGUGGUAAGACAGGAUGUGGCAGUAGCUAAGAAAUCUAGCUCUAAAAAAUCUACAGGCUCAAAAACUUCUCAAGAAGAGCCCAGCUUUAUUCAACAAGCAGGACUACUUCCAUCUAGUGUGGAGGUAAUGAGUGACUUGAGUUUUCAGCAGAAAAAGCUGAAUCUAAGCCACAGCGCAACCAAUGAAAGUCAAACAGAUAAGAGUAUUUGGUGUGACGAAUCAAUUGAGAAGUACGUUCCCUCUAACAGUUGGCUGGCUUGUUUGGACAGUAUGGACACAAACUACAACUACGACCUUUGUUUGCCACAAAGGAAACGUCAAAGUGUACUCAGUCUUUCUUCUGAUGACAUGUCCUCUAGAGAGGAAGGCUCUUCAAUUGAUAAUGCCCCAGUGUCUUAUUUUGUCCCUGACUAUGUGCUUCAGAAAAGCACAUAUACUUUCCAGAAAAGUACAGAGGGCUUAGAGAAAGAGAAAACUAAAAGUGGUGGGUCCCUUAAUGAAGAGGAAGCUGUAGGAAGGGAGCAGAUGAACAGCUUGAAUGACCAAGAUGUCAAAAACUCUUCAACUAUGAAGAUUAAAGAGGCUUCCAGUAAAGGUAGAAAGCUGGGAGCUCUUCCUAGAUCUUCUAGUUGGAAAAAAAUCAAUUCUCUCAAGAAAAAAGCAGCUAAGAGUUUGUCAGAAGUUGAGGACUCCGAAGAAUACUCUGUGAGGGGAGAAGAGGAGGAUGAAGAUGGAGAGGAUGAGGAGGAUGAGGAUGAUGAUGACAUGGAUGAAAUUGAAUAUUUCUUUCAAGAAGCCACUCCAUAUGGAAUCUUGAUGCCUAGUAAAGGAAGUUUCUACCAAGUUGGCCAGAGGGUGCUUUGGAAACCACCUAAAAAUGUUAUACCAGCUCAAUUAAUUAGCUGGCCUGCUCAAGAGAAAAUAAAAACUAGGAGUGGGCUUGGUGAAAACAUUGGUGUAGCUUACAAGCCAAAGGAGAAAGAACAAGAUGAAGUUGUAUACAGUGACUAUGGGUAUUAUGGAAGAAAGAGGCCUACGCAAGAAGAGAAGGACUUGAACAUGAGCGAAUGCUACGGAAAUUCUUGGGAGGUAGAUAUUGGAAGGCUGUUAAGGGAGAACAUGGGGAUACCACCUGAAGAGUAUUGGAUUAGAAGUGGUGCUAAACCCAAAUUUACCAGCCACAUACAUGGUAGUCUGUCACCCCCAGCCAAGAGCAAAGAACAAGGGUGCCCACCUUUGGUUAAACCAAAGAAGAAAAGAAUAGGCAAGCCACCUUCAAAACGCAGAGACACAAGAUGUGAGGUGGAAGAAGAAGUGUGGGAGAUGCCUAAAAGCAGUGUACGCAAAGGGCGUGGAACAAGAAAGUCCCUCUAUAAGAGAAGAUAACUGCAAAUAUUGGGGGAGGAGGCGGGGGAGGGAAAUGUAUUGGAGGUUUGCAUAAAUCCAAAACUCAAUUAUUAUUCUCUUGUAUAUUUUGUGAGUUGCUGUGCACUCUUAAAGGGUAAGAAGUAGCACUGUAAAGACUGAGGACACUAUUAAAAUGGAAUCAAGUAUUUAACACUAAAGUCACCUUUUUGCAACUAGCACAUCCACUAUUUAAAUAAUAAAUUUAAUAGAAUUGCACUUUGAGACUUCUUGUAUUCCAUCCAUACAUGGAAGCAAAAAAGCUUAUGCUAGGGAUGUAUGUGCAUCAAUACUAUUGUAGCAUAUAGUUUACUGCUGCCCUGUACUGCAGGAUUGUGAAGCCUGUCAAUGUCAUCUCAUAGUCAAUUUGUCUAUAUGAUGUGGACAUAAGUACAAGAUUCACUUCCAUCAGCUGGAUUUUUGGCUGGAUUUGUUUUUGUCAAAGGGUAAAGGAAUAUAUUUAAAGCUGUAUCAAGUCAAGUACUGACUUGAAGUUUCAAGGCAGUUCCUCAGAUACUACUCUUCAAAUGCAUGAUUGAGGACUAAAACUAAAGCACUGCGUUGAUGUGAUGCUUCCCACUCCUCCACUUCUUUUUCUGUGGAGACUUUUGAGUACUCUGUGGAGACACUGAGCUGGAGAGAUGGACUUUGAAGGUGAAGCAGAAGUUUCUACAACAGUGGUGUGCCCUGUUCCUUGACUUCUUACUGAUGACUUCUUUUACAGUUGAUACUGUCCUUGGCAACUCACUACAGAAAAGCCUCUUUAUAGAACUAAGAUGAUAAAACUAGGUCUCUGCUGAGCUAUCUUGUGACUAAUGGAAAUAGACUGAUCUAGAUGAGGUGGAUAGCUCAAAAAUGUGUGAUCUUUUUCAUGUCUAUGAAAGCUAGUAUCACCAUGUGAGAAGAAAAAACAUGAUACUGCCAUUCUUGGAUGAUUCCCAAAUAAAAUGAUAGCGUGAGUGACAAAG